UUUGCUUUCAUCCGCGGCGCAGUGAGGAUAUACACGCUUGUCAGUCUGCUUUUUGUCCUUCAACGGGACUUUUUUUUUUUGUUUUCACUAUCCCAAUCAAACAUCUUUGAUUGUUUGUUUGUUAUUUCCCCCCUCUGUUCGUGUAUAUGGUGUGUAUGUGUAUCGAAGAGUACAUCAUUUUGAAAUUGGCGCGGUUCACAUAGAAAGUGGUAACCAGUCAUUCAAAACUGUUAAACGCUGAUCUCCACGUAAACACGUGCGCGUGAAUGGCUCACAGAGUCCGGACUGGUCGUCCAACUUCGACCGUUCAACAUUCGUCGAGACGAUAAUCAUUUCGGCGCUGACAAAGCGGGACGCGUUUCUCUUUUGGAGAUUUGAAACAGUUUUUUUUUUUUUGAAAUUCUCGUUUUGUUAAAGAAGUGAUACUCUUUUUAAAUCAAAAGAGAGAUAAGUGAAACGAAUUUUUUAAACUCAUCAAACAGUUGACGGGUUGGUUGGAAAAUGUUAAACAACAGGAACAAAAUGUCGGGAUUCAAGUACUGCGACAUUGUUAGAUUAGUGAUUGUUACAAGCUGCAUUCUUGGAGCCACAUCAGUCGGAUCGAUAUCACCGAAGAGCGAAGCGCAGUCGGUCGUGGCGGAUAUACCGUGGGACGGCGCUUUGGUUGGACCAUCGUUCGACACGGGACCGGAAUCUGUUGUCGUCUCUGUCGGAUCUACAGCCUACUUGGCUUGCCGCGUUCGCCAGCUUGGAGAUCGCAAGGUAUCUUGGAUAAGGAAAAGAGAUCUACACAUUCUGACUUUCGGUCAAGUCACCUACACCAACGAUGCCCGUUUCUCCGUCAUCAAAUCAGCCACCGGUGACUUGUGGACGUUGAGGAUCCGUUCGGUUCAGCUGCGUGACGCUGGCCUCUAUGAAUGCCAAGUCAGUUCCGAACCUAAAAUCAGCAAAGCAGUUCGCUUAAAAGUUGUCGUCUCGCAAGCCUACAUCCAUGGCAGUCCGGAGAUGUACAUCCGGAGCGGGAGCGACAUCAGCUUGUCGUGUGUCGCCAAGGACAUGCCCGAACCACCGAGUCAUUUUACCUGGUACAAAGGACUACAAAUAUUAAGUACUGGCGGCAACGAUGGCCAUCAGCUGUUCCAGCAAAACAGCCAUCUUCAGCAACAGCAACAACACCAGAUGAACGCCAACAAACAGACGAGUUUCUUCGGGAAAUCAUCCAUUAUGACGUCACUAUCGGGAAGAAAAGUCACUAUCGAAACGAGCCAGCACGGACUGGAAAAUCUACUUCUAAUACGUAACGCUGUGGCGGCUGAUUCGGGCAAUUAUACCUGCAUUCCAGCCGGAGCAGAGCCGGCCAGCAUCGUCGUUCACGUCCUUAAUGGUGAACAUCCGGCUGCCAUGCAACACGGUCAUGGAGGCAUAUCACGCACUCAACCAGGCGCCCGGUUUCAACACUACGUACUUUUGGCAACUCUUUUGCUCUCGUUGCAUCGAUACCUGUCGUGGAAUCGACAAUUGCGGUAGUUUCAUUCUGCAUUUAUUCUGUUACUUUCUUUUUUUUUUCGAAAUUUUUGUAUUUGUAAUUUCGGGUCUCGAAUUUGCCUCAUCGCUGGCGGAUUGUAUGUUUUACUUCAUUUCUUUUUUCUAUUGUACAAAAUACACCCCCCAAAAUGUGCCCUAGCGCACUUUUCCUUACCACCUACUAUAUAUUCUCUCCCGUAUUUCUUUUGUUUGUUUUUUUUUUCGCCAAAGGCAUUCAGAACAAGCCAUGGAUUUGUAUAACUGAAGCUAUUCUGCAAAAGCGAAUCGCAAUUUUCUUUGAUUUAAAGGGGGACAAAAAAGUAAUACCACUUUGAUUUUCCCACCUGACCCUCUUUAGAAAUUUUAACGGACACCAAAGCUUUUCCUUUCGAUACCAAUUACAAUCAAGACUUAUCAUGUAACACACCUUUUCCUUCAUCGAUUCGAUAUAUAUAUUUCUAAAUAAAAAAAUCUAACGACACGAAUGAGACAUUAAUGCGUACGCUUUGACCCUAUUGUUGUACAGUUGCAUAUUGUGGUAUGUGCGUUGAUGAUGGAUUUCAUGCAUUUAUAAUGAUUAACCUUAAUCCCAAUUUCACCUGACCUAUAUUACGCUCGUCCUCUUCCCCAAAUAACACAAUCAAAUAUGUCAAAGAUUUGUAAGAAUGGAUCAAGCGUGUGUGUCUCCCUUGAUUUGGAUUUCCAUGAAGUAUGUGUGUGCAUCAAAACCAGCGAAAAAUUAUUCAGAGACGAAGGAAGGUCGUGUUUGUACUGAUUUAAAGUGAUGGCGUCUAUAAAGGAUUCGGCAACCGCAACAGCGACAGAAAGAAAACAAGAAAACGAAAAGACCGAAGAUGAUAUUAUAUUAUAUAUACGUUAAUCUUGGACGAUGGUAUCACAUUUCCUGAUGUAGCUCUUUAGAUAGAUGAUAAUGAAGUCUCCCACAUGAGUACCAGUUUUUCUUCUCCGUCUUUGUGACCGAUGGGAGAAGGAGAGCCAAAAGUAAGCAAAAACACAUCGGUGUGUUCGGCACUUCUUUUUUGUUUUAUUUUUUUGUUUUAUUUCGAGUUUUCUGUUCUUUUUUGUUGUUGAAUACAUAUGUCUGAUAUCGUCUCAA